GGGGAAGGCGAGACAUGGGGACAUGGAACCUGCCAGCUUUGUCGGUGAUGACUCAGGCCCUUGGGCCCCCCACCUGCCAGCAGCCCGAGGAUAAGGAGCAGCCCUGCCCCGCCCUGCCCCGGCCUCCCACCCCUGACUUCGCCUGAUAACAAACCAGAAACUGAAACAGAGUCAGGAUUCCCGGCUUGAGGUCAGAGAUGAGUCACAGCUAAGAGCAAGUGCAGUAGCUGAGAAGUGGCACCAGAGAGGCAGACGUGAGCCGAAGGCACCAGAGGUGGGCAGCGCGUCUGCGGGUCCUGGUGACACAUGGAGAGCGGCACCGAGGUGGUGGCCAUUGACUGUGAGAUGGUGGGGCUGGGGCCCCGAGGGGAGAGCGGCCUGGCUCGUUGCAGCCUCGUGGACCUCCACGGCACCGUGCUCUACGACAAGUUCAUCCGGCCGGAAGGGGAGAUCACUGAUUACAGGACCCUGAUCAGUGGGAUCACACCUUGGCACAUGCAGGAGGCCACGCCAUUUGCCGUGGCCAGGCUGGAGAUCCUGCGGCUCCUGAAGGGCAAGCUGGUGGUGGGCCACGACCUGAAGCACGACUUCCAGGCGCUGAAGGAGAACAUGAACGACUACUCCGUUUAUGACACGUCGGUGGACAGGCUGCUGUGGCGGGAGGCCGGCCUGCAGGACUGCGAGCGCGUCUCCCUCCGCGUGCUCAGCGAGCGCCUCCUCGGCCGGCGCAUCCAGAACAGCCAGUUUGGACACAGCUCGGUGGAAGACGCCAGGGCGACGAUGGAGCUCUACCGAAUCUCCCUGCAAAUUCGGGCCCGCUGAGGGCUGCCGGCCCGGUGGUGGGUGACCGCAGCUCCAGCCGGCCCCUUCCACAGGGACUCCCCCAGGGUCUUCUUCUCUUCGGGACAGCAACUCCCCUGCUUUUGGAAAACGCGUCUUUAGUAGUAAAAUGGUUUAUUUUUUCUGCUAC